AUGGCAUUUGGUGGUAGUUUAUAUGGAAGCUUCACCACAAACUGCCUGGAUGAUAUUCCUUUUAAACUUGGUCCAAAGUUUAAGCCUCCAACAAAGUACACAUUUGAGGUAGAGGAAGCUGUGCUGAAAUGGUCAGCUGAAAGAGAGAAGCAGUCAGCAGAGCAACGCAGACUAGAACAGGAGAUUGCUGAGUCAGUUAGACAAGCGGUCUCCAAGGAGGACGUUGAUCAACAAGAUACUGCCCCUAGUGAGUCAUUGUAUGCUAACGCGCAAACUGGACCUGAACCUUUAUACGAGAACCCUGGUAUAUUAUUACCUCAACCGGCUCCGCGCCCUAAAGUAAGACCAAAGCCAAAAGAUGAAUAUGUUAAUGUAUUAGUUCCAAACCCUCUAAUUGCAAACAUUUCUAAUGAUAUUUUGAAACCUAUGCCAAGUAGUAGUCCAAGUGAAAAUGGUGUUACAGAAGAUUCUGACUCAAAGACUGCAUCAAAGUCAAAUGAUUUAGACUUGACUUGGUUCGAAAAGGAGGACAAUCCUUUUGAUAAUUUGGAACUGCAGACUAUUAAUGACAUGGAAGAGUUAGCUAGUGUUCUUGAAGAAACAAAAAAAAUAUCGCCUGAACCAAAUGUGGUUCAAAGUGAAAAUACAGUUGGUAUUGAAGCUAAUGGUGAACAAAUAGAUAAUAGUGCUGUUGAGCAUGAUGGUGAUGAAGAUGUUCCAAAUUAUGAGAAUGUGGAAUUAAAGUUAGUGGAUUUAAAGAGAGGGAGUAAAGAAAUUAUUUAUGAUAAUAAUAAAACAGAUGGUCUUAGUUUGACUAAUUUACCACCUGUACCCCCAAGGCGGGACCUUGUGGGGCGCAGUCCACCCCUACCCCCAAUUGGUCAGAGUUAUAGUGACCCAACAUUUUCUCAGACAAUUAACCAAAGUUCAGAACAGAAGAAUGGACAAAGUGAAAACAUAGAAAAGUCAGAUUCCAUUGAUGCAUCAUUCCAAAGAGAGGAAAGUGCAACAAAAGUCAUAUCAAAACGAAGAGUUGCUUUACCAAAGCCUCCUAGAACAUUUACCUAUAGUCGACAUGAUCUUGACAAUAGUGACACUACAGACACGAACGAUUCAAAUUAUGAAAACACUCAACCAAAGGUGUCUAUAGAUAGUGUAGGAACAAACAUAAAUGUGCAAUUUACAAACAGUCAUCAAACGCAAAACUUACAAUCAAACACAAAUUCAAGUGAUGGUCUUAACUUCAUUAACCAUCAUUUUGGUGAGGAAGAGGCUAGUAGUGCAAAUGGACCGGCAAGACCACAGCCAGCACCAAGAAAACCAGUACCACCCCCAAGACCAACACAGCCAUGGAACAGAUACAGCCCUCUACCGCCAACCCCUCGUUCAGCAUCAGAACAACCAUCUACUGUAUCCUUGCCUGCUAGAACCAGUCCAGAUUUGUACAGGGAACUGUCUACUGAGGCUCAGGGCUGUGUUGAUAAACUUGCCAUGAUGGGCUUUCAGAAGGAUCGACUUGCAAGAGCUGUCGAGAAAAUUGGGCACGAUGAGAAGGAGGUGGUUGAGUAUCUUUGUCUGGUAGAUCAGCUAAUAGAGAAGGGUUACAAUACGCACCUAGCAGAGAAUGCCCUCCUGAUGUUCCAGAACAGCAUGAAACAGGCAUCAGACUACCUAGAACUGUACACACAGAUGCAGGAGUUAGGUUUUAAUGGUGACAAGAUCAAAGAAGCGCUAGUAAACACAAACAAUGAUCGGGAGAAGGCCCUUGACAUUCUAACAGCAUCCUCUUAGAGAAUUUUCAAUGCAGCAUUUAAGCAAUGUGUUUGUCGCUACUGUGUUGAAAUGUGCUACUCAACAUGGUGUAGCUUUUCAAAACUUUCUGUUUCUGAGUGUGUAAUUAAAGAGAAGUUCAUAAAUGUGUUAAAUCUAAGAGUUUUUGUGCCCCAAAAUGGAGGGAAAUAGUAAUGCUUUGUGGCUGUAUUGCUUUGUGACCUGUUUAAUUUUCAAGAAUGUGAAAGGAAAAGCACUAAGGAGUAAGAAAUGCUGGCAUCAAUCAUGUUUUCUGUACCUAACAGGUCAAAAAACAGAAAUUACAUAAAAUUAUGAAAUUUAUUAUAACCGUUAUCAGAUUUCAUAUUUUGUAACUAUUGAAUUGAAAGUUAGGCAACUUUACCCAUAGAAAAUUUGAGUGCAUAAUGAAUGAAUACAUUAUUAGAAUAUACCCAAAAAAAUCAGUGAAUAAACAUGUAACAUGAUAAUCCCACAAUUUUCAGUAUUAUAAUUUGUGUUUAUUUCUAUACACACACAGUUUUCCAUUUUUGAAGGGCUUAGAAGAAUAUGUUAAGAAAAUCAAAUUUUACUUGUGCUGGCUGCAAUGUAGUGGUAAUUUCGUUUACUAAAAGUAGCACUUGGUGUGUAUUUAUUUAUGUUGAAGACAGAUAAUUUCUGUAUUAUAUUUUUCAUUCUUAGUAUAUGUGGUACAAAUCAUGCUUUACCUUUCAAUGGAAUUGGUGCAAAUCAAAGUUGAAGAAGAGCUAAUCUGCAUAUUUUGAUAUUGAAAUAACACAAUAUUUGAAGAAUGAAAAGUGGAACAAGUGACAUUUUCAUAUUGAUAUUGAAGUCUUAAUAUUUUUACUUUGAACAUUGAGCAGAAAUGGCCCAGCUGCAGCAUUAGGUACUUCCAGUUUGGAAAACAAUAACAUCUAAUAAAAGAAUGCAUUUAUGUGUAUUAAUGGUUUUAAAAUUGAUCUUUACAAAACUGCAGUUCACACUAUAGUUUGGACAAACUGUGUUCAUUUGAAUAUACUUGCCAUAAGCUGUGCUAUGGUUAGAACAAGCCAUGUUCGCUUUCAUAUAAAUGCCAUAGACAGCACUAUAGUCCCCAAGUGAAACAGAAGACUUGUUCUCAAAACAUUUCUUGUAAACAUUUUAAAAGGAUUUUAUUGCAUUUUAAGAAUUUUUACAGUCACUUUAAGAUUGCUACAUUUGUAUUAUUGAAAAAAAUAAGUUUUUACUUUUCAUUUUACCUAUUAACAAAAAGUUACUUGAGUAUAUAAACAUGAUACAUUGUUGUUUAAUAUGUGUACAUUCGAUUACUAACUUAAUACCAAGUUAUAUCAUUAUAUUUGUAGCUUUAAAUGCAGAACUGAACAUGUAGGGAAAACCUAUCUUUCAGUUAUCAGGCAAAUUUUAUCAGUUGAGUGCAGCUGUGCGAAGACCAAUGUUAGGGUUUUGUGACAGGUAUGGAUCCAGAACAGCCAGCUCAUCUGUGCAGUCUGAUGUUUGCAUAUCAGUUGCAUAAACAGUAUGGAUGUAAGGAUUAACAAAACAGUAUGAAUGUAGGGGUAAACGAAACAAUAUGAAUGUGGGCAUAAAUUAAAAAUAGGGAUGUAGGGAUAAACAAAACGGUAUGAAUGUAGCGAUAAACGAAACAGAACAAAUAGGAUAAACGAAUAGUUUGGAUGUAGGGAUAAACGAAACAGUAUGAAUGUAGGGAACGAAACAGUAUGGAUGUGCAUUGACUGGAUCCUUUAUGGUCACAAAGCCCUAAUGUUGCUUUUCGCACAACAGCACUCAUUUUGUCAAAACCUUGCGAUAGUAAACACAAAGCCUAUACAGUCAAACCUGUAACAGUGACCUAAGAACUAAAAUGUGGUCAGUACUUGCAGAUGGUCUGUAUUGAAAGAAAAAAAUACCAAGCAAUUAUUUACAUUGGAAAAGAAACUUGUGAUCUUUACCACGUGAAAGGCAUUCACUGAACAUGUUUAGCACAAAAUUGACUGCAUUUUGUAACAGUUGAACUGCAUUCUGAUUAUGUUACCUCGUCUGUGUUUUUUUUUAUUAAAGAUUUUGUUUUUAUACAUGUAAGAUCAUUGUUAUUUUUAUUUGAAAUUAGUUUUGUGAAAUUAAGUUUAAAUACUUCUAUUUCUUUUUAGCACACUUGAACCCAGGGUUCAGGCUGAACUGUUGUGAUGGUGCUAUGUCCAGCAUUAACCUUUUAUUUAACCCUUAGCCUGCUGGCGGCAGAUGAUUCUGCCUUUGCGACCAGUGCAGACCAAGAUCAGCCUGCACAUCCGUGCAGUCUGAUCAUGGUCUGCACUGUUCGCUAUUCAGUCAGUAAAUUUUCAGUGAAAACCCCUUUGAGUAAUAAGUGGUACUGUCCAUAUUGAAAGAUGGACCAGUCCAUUAUAGAAAUAUAGCAGGUUAAGGGUUAAACAAUUCUCUCUUAUGAACCACAUAAUACAAGUUAACCAAACUUGGAUAAAAAUCAAUCUUCCAUGGAUCUCUCAUUAAUUUAUUCAUAUGGUUUCUUUUGAGGGCUGUCAGAGAUUAAAAUAGAAAAGAAAAACAUGAAACAUCUUGCAAUCAAUUUACUGAUCAUCACCAAAUGUGGUCUGUAGCAUCUUUGGUGAACUGCUAAAGGUUUCUGCACUAAACUUGUUGGAGAAUAGAUAUAUCUACAUAAUAAUGAUAUAUGCUUUCAGUACAUGUGUAGUUUUUAAGUAUUCUAAAUAUUGCCUAAUACCUCAGAGACAAUCGUUGAUCGAAUCAGUCAAUACGUUUUUGCUAAUAAGAGCUGGGUUUUUUUUAAUUAUUUUAACAAUGUUCAGAAACAUAGACAUCCUGGAAGAAGUGUGUUGAGGUAAGAGUUAUACAUAAAUAAUGUCAGUACUUGUUUAAGAUUCACUUUGAGAAUGUUUUCUAUGUUUUGUUUGGUAAACAACAGAGAAAUGAAGAAAUUGCUUUGCAGAUUCCAAAUAGUCAGAUAUUAAGACUUAACAAGAUCAAAAGGUAAAGGUCAUUCGCAAGUGAGUUAGCUGUUUUGGCUCGUUUGGCCAUUUGUUGUUUCAGUAAUAAAUGUAACUAUGUUGUUAUUUUAAAGAAUGUUUUCAGUAUGUAAUCAGAAAUACUUCUUUGUUAUUAUGCCCUGUAUACAUAUAUGGGUAUGAUGUUCUGCUCAUGUUUUUGGUUUCUGAUAAAUAACUAAGAGUAUCAUUGGGCCUACUACAAAUGUAUCUUCAAACUAAAUAGGGUUAGUGCCUGUAGUCGCCUAUUGUAUUGGGAGUCUGAACAAGGUAACAGGAAGAGGAUUUCCUUUUGUUGGCCCACAACGUCCGAUAAAGUGCACAGCACACAUCCUGGUUUGAUCACUAUUCACAAACACAAAGUUAGGUCGAGUGUUCUUGCAACGUUGAAUCCACACCUUUCUUACACGCAAAUCAGCUGGAAAUUGAUGCAUUGACACUUUCUUUUCAUCUACUACCUUUCCGCAGUAGUUUUUACAUAUACAACAGUAUCGUUGGUGUGAAGGCAUGUCUGCUUUUGUCGAUUUAUCGAUAAUAAUUUAGAGCGUUCUGUAAUCCAGCAAUAUACUACCAGGAAGUGCAGGUGUGCGUUUUGCAUGUCUAUUCUUAUCUCCUUUGAAGAGUACCUAAGGGCAGAUAAAUGCAGUUUCCGAAAAUGGCUAUCGUUAAAGAACAUUUUGGCCUACAGCAAUAAAACUUUACUAAGAUGAUUGCCUGUAAUUAGUAAAUGACCUCUUAUGGUUUUAGGGUGAAAGGUCAAGGUCUAAGUCACCUCUAGACUGAAAAUGGUUUCCACUCAAACAGUAAAGUAUCCUUGGUCCUACUACUGAGUUCUUAUCAUGGUUAGUACAUACCCUCUAAUAUUUGGGGAUCAGUAGGUUUAAAGUCAAGGUCGCAUUGAUUUCCAAACUGAAUAUGGUUUCAUCUUAAUGACAAUGCUUAUGCCUUCUGCCACUUACUGAUCAUGGUGAUAGAUGCAUCCAAUUGUUUUGGUGGUCAGUAGACCAAAGGUCAUGUCACAUUUAAUGAUAAAGUUGGAGAUUGGAAAUUAUUACUGGAAACACGUGGGCCUGUGGCUGCCAAACUUCAUUGAUGGUGUGUUUGUGGUAGUAGAUGUAUCCUACUUGUUUUGGGUCAGGGUGUCAAAUAUCAAGGUCACAGUGAGUGAAAAAGGUAUCUGAACAAUACCUGACUUUUAUUAAAGGCAGUAGAAAUCAUAGGAUGGUUAUUUGUAGUCCUUAAAUGACCCUUAUAGUAGGGUCAGUACCUAAGAUCAGUGUCACUGUGAUGUUGAGAUGAAACUUCAGGGGAAAAUUUGCUGUAGCCAGGAAAUCUGAGGUGGUUUAGUUCAAGUGUUAAGGCUAAGGCAUACAAAAUUAUGUUACAAAUUGACAGGCCAUCAUUGAGGGCAUAUUUGAUUUACAAACAGUUCCAAUUAAGAUUCUGUUGGUUUUCCACUUCUACAAAUAUGUAUACACUUUUGUAAUCAUAUCAUGUAUGUUCAGCUCAUGUUCAACUUCAUUUUUAUCAUGUGAGUUCUUUUUAACAGGGUUUAUACAGUAUCAUAAGAUUAUUUUGACUGAUUGCUGAUGUUUCUUCUGUCUGGAGUAGUGAUUCUUAAACAAAAUCAAAUUGUUUAAGUGUGCAUGGAAGCAGCAUAGUAAUUGUAAAUUGUUAUAGAAUGAAAUGCUGGGCUUAAGAUUUGCAUUGGGACAUUUAAGCUAUAAAGGUAUCUAAAAUGCUUCAGAAUAUCUUGAAUGUUUCUAAAAUGCUUUAGAAUAUCUUGAAUGUUCGAAACAUUCCUACAGUACUGCUGAAAAUCUUUAGUAAAACAGUUUCUGCUAACAGUUGUGGGAACUAUUUGUUAAUAUAGGGAUUUAUGAAGAAAUCUUGAAAGAGAAGAUUGUAUUGGGGAAAAGUUUGUCGAUUAAUUUUAACAUUGUUGUUUUCUUAUCUUGUGAACUAUUUUCAGAUUCUCUUAUUUAAAUGUGACAGAAAGAAUUUUGCAUUCUAUAGAGAUAAAUGUACAAUACCUCAAACUUACAAAAUUUUGAACUGAAAGUUCAUGAAUAUUGGGCAAAGUAAUAAAUGGAAAUUGGACUACUCAGCUGGACUAUAGCUUUGUUAGAAUGUUUUAUAACAUUUGGUUGUGAUACUAGUGUUUGAGUAAAAUCAGUGAUGUAUUAAUUUUAUUAAUAAAUGUAGCUCACAUACACCUACACUACAUUUGCGUAUAAACCACAUACUUUGAGAAAGAAUCCGUUUUGGAAGUGUUUAGAAUUUGACGAACAUGCUGGAGACUAAACAAGAUUUGCAUUUUAUCUAUAUUAACACAGACAGACUGGUGCUUUUUUGAUACCGGUAUGUACAUUUAUUGAAAGUUCUGUCUUUGUUCAAAAGUUUGCUUUGUAAAUAAUUAUGUCAUAUGAAAAGAAAAAGAUACAAAGUCUUUCAUUUUGUUUCUUACGAUUUUUAUUCAUGUAUUUAUUGUCUUGUUAUUCUAUACAGUUUUGUCCGUUAGCACCUAUAAGGAAAGCUACAGCAGAUUUCAAACAAACUGUUCUUAAAUGACUAUUUUCUCAUUAAAUAUAGGUCACUGUCAAGUUCGAGAAGUUCUUUCCUUUCACUUCACUAGCCUCUCUGUAAAAUGUAGAGACAAAACAAAAGUGAUGUCUUUCCAAGAAACAGUCAAGACCCACGUCUUACUUGAACGGUAUUCAAAUUUGAGCUUUUUUCUAACGUUGGCCUGGUGGUUAUAUUCUUACAAAAGUAACUAAAUGUAACACAGUCUGUUAGCAAAUUACAGCAGCUAUAAAUGGAUAUUGUAACAUUGGUUUUGGGUAAAGGAUACUUUGUGACUGUCUAUGUAAAUUUUUAUCAGUUGUACUCCCAGCCAAUCAUUUUCAUCUUUUAUCAUAUUUGUCCAUUUCAUUACGAAGAAGUAAAUAUCUAUGUCUGUCCACAUUCUGUUUUCUAUGAGGUUCUCUUUAAUUAUGAUAUUUAUUGUUAUAUAAACGUGAUGUAACAUUGUAAAAUAAACAUGAUGUUGUUUUCCUUAAAGAUGAAUAAAAAAGUAUCAUAAAAAGC